AUGAUUUCCUCCAAUGCUGACUCUUCCUUAUUCUAUAUUCGUCAUGGUGUCGUCAAAUGGAUAAUGCUCCAAGCCGUGCAGCAACUAGCAGCUGAUUCGACUAUUUUGCCUCCUCCUCGCCCUCCUUAUACUUCUUCAUCCGCAUCUAAUGCUGAUCCCAACGCUAAUCCGAGCAUCAUGCGGUGGCAUAUGUCACAACGGCCCCCGCAGACUCGCUUACUUGCCAUACCAUGUGUGGAAGCAAAACUGCUUCCGCACUCCUCCAAUACAUUUCGUCUGGCAGAGCCGGCCCAAUCCGGACCACAGAGAUAUAAGCGCUUCUUGGAGAUGGCAUUCUGCUUAGCUCGAAGUUGGUAUUUUGAUCGUGAUGUCUUCGAGGUCUCUCAUAUAAUGUUUUUACAUGAAUUUCAACUUCAUGAGCAGGCAGAUUUUGUGAGUACUAUAACUGUAGGCGAACAUUUAACCACAGGUUAA